AUGUCAACUGAUGAACUUGGAGGAAAACCCGAAAUAGCCAUAAAAAGCCAGUCCCAAGAAGAGCAGUAUUUUGGUAAACCCAGUUGGACUGACUAUUCGGAUGCAUAUUGCUUCACACCUAAACGUCCUCACAUCAAUUUGGAGCCAUUGUUUGACCGCCUCCGGCUCUCUCCAACCUUUCCCAUGGGUGUGCAAGAAGAGCCCUCCGAGGAAUUCGGUCGUCUGGCAUGCGCAGCGUGUGGCCAAUCCAACGCAACCUAUGAAGUGUGA